AUGGCGGACUUGCAGCAGGUUCUAUCUUUGCCGCACAUUUGGGACAUCGUUGUCCAUGGUGAUGAGGCUGAAUGGGAGGGCCUUCGGCGAGAUUCCAAAAUUCGGGAUUCUAAGCAGGUGGAUCGGGAGCGCUACUUCGUUGGUGUGUUCGUGGCCAUUGGAUUGUUGUUGCUGUCCACGGUCCUUGCGUUGGUGCAUCAAAGGGAACUGUAUCGCGCUGAAGCCAGCGAUCGUGCACACUAUUACCAGUUGAUGCAUUUGCUGCCGCUGGUAGUGGCUGUGGCUUGCUGCCUUGAGGUCUCCUUAUCUACUGUAGCAGCAGCUACGCUGGUGCUGCAGGAGAUCUGGGAAGCUGUGGCCCUCCACUACUUCGGGCUGACCAUCGUGUGUCUCAUGGGUGGGAAGGAAGCCACGGUACAGAAAUUGGCCUCCUGUGAAGCUCAUGGCAGCUUCGGCACCAGCAGAUGGUGCGUGCCUCCAUGCUGCUGUUUGGUGCCACUGACGCCCUGCCUGCAGGACGGCAACAAGACCUUUGACUUCUCGACCCUGAGAAAAAUGAGGUUUAUGAUUGAGCAGUAUUGCUAUGUGACGCCGCUGACAGCCUUUGUCGAGGGUAUCCUUCAGUGGCAAGAGAAACAACAACAGAUCCACAUGGAUUUUUGGGUGGGUAGCGUGCAAGUGCUGCGGCUGGUGUCCAUGUUUAUUUGCCUGCAGGCGCUUUUUGCACUAUACCAUGCUACGAAGAAGUCUUUGAAGAAGUACCAGACCACUUUGAAGUUCUUGUCCAUCAAGGCUUUGAUCAUCCUGUCAGCUGUGCAGAAGAUUCUGCUGGCGUGGGUGUUCCGUUGGCAUUUGGUAGACCUACCCCCCAGCCGCGUUUUCAGUGCCGCAGAUGCUGCUCUGCGCAUGCAUGCGUUCCUCUUGCUGAUGGAGGGAGAGGAUGAGGCGGAGGCCCUGACAGCCCUGACAGCCCUGAUAUGGGAGAUCCUUGGAGUCUCAGAGGAUGUGCACGAGUGCGGCGUGGGAAAAGAUGCAGACCCUUCGCUGCUGGAUUUAGGAAUCAUCGACUUCAAGAAUCAACAUCUGGCCACAGGAUGUCCUACUCUCCACGGCCUUGCACCGCGCAUGUCAUUCAGUGAUGUGGGCACAGAAUGGUAUUCGAGGCCGAAAUCGAUCAUCAAUGGCAGGGAUGACCUCAUCAAACAGCCGCGUCCAGUGACAGAUGAUCCGUUCCAAGAUGAUGAAACGCCACGGUGGCUUCGCUGCGCCUUGAGUCAUGCGCCUCUAUUGUCUGGUCCGGUUGUGAGCGACAUGAAAGGGAAUCUUUUCUUGAAAGAGGAUUUCCUGUUGGCACUGCUGAAGAAGAGAUUACCUCUGCAUUUGUCCCACGUGGAGUCGCGCCGAGAUGUCUUUGACUGCAACUUGAGGCGGAAAGACGGACUAUUUCUUUGUCCCAUCACUGGCGACGAGUUGGGUUCAGCCGCCGGCAAGCGCAGCGCCAGGAUCCUGCGACCCUGUGGCUGUGUAAUUUCUCAGGCUGCUGUGGAACUGGCAACAUCAGCUUUGCAAAUCUGCGAGGCCUGUGGCAAGGAAGUGGAAGACUUCGUUACUCUCGGCACAACAGAUGGAAAGCGAAGGAGGACCUGACAUGUCGAAGUGAUCCAAGUGACGCGUUGAUUGGUGGGGCGGCUCCGUGGCCGAGGAGACCUGGCCUUGGGAGACCUGUGGACAUCGAGGAGACCUGUGGACAUCGAAUGGAUUCUGUUCGACUCCCGUUUCCUGGGAAAAAAAA